AUGGUAAGCAACUGCGUCAAGUUCUACUAUAUUAGCAAGGGCAACUACUGCGGCCAGAUCACCGCGUAUAACGGCAUCUCGGAGCAAGACUUUGCCACAUGGAACCCCCAGGUUGGACAGCAGUGCGAGGGUCUGUGGGCUGAGGCUUAUGCCUGCGUCGGCGUUGCUGCGUUCUCGCUCAAGACACGUUACCACGUAGGCUGCUCAGGCGACAUCCACAACAACGUCGCCGUCCGCGUCGGCGAGGGCUACUGUAUGAAUACCGACUGCCGCGUCGGGUCCCUCGAGGUCGACGCUGAUGGGCUCUGCCCAGAUGGCGAUAUACAGCUGAGCUACUGGGAGCAGCCUGGCUGUACCGGAAAAUGGUUUGGCUUUGGCUACGCCGAUAAGGGCACCUGCCGUGGGCUGUGGUCUGAUGGUAACAAGUUCAAAGCCAUUCAUCUGCGGUGUGCUAAGAGCCAGGACGAUUGUGUAAGCAAGCAGGGCUGUCGAUUGGACGCGGAGCCAGCUAGUAACACUUGCUAG